CAACAAUCGAUAAUUUUAAUUCCGUAGCCAAUAAGUGUAAACGCCAAAGAACAACGACGAUGCCGUCUUCUCCGGGAAAAUAUGCGAACGACAAGGACAACGACAUGCCACCCCCACCACACAAACGACAGCGAGUGUCCCCAGAAGCAACAGGCGACGGAUCUCCAGAUACGGCUUCUUUCUCGCUGUCACCCAGAAACAAAAAGAACUUCACCGCAGGGAAUGAUUCCACUCAUUCUUCUGCGAUACCAUUUCCGCUUUCUGUUGACGCAGGUCCUAUUUUCACGGAGGUCGAAGAUCAAGUAGACGGCUAUGCCUCAGUCGAAUCCGUCUUGGGUGUUCCGGCCUACAUUCUCUUUCGUCGUGUGGGGGGAAAUGACGAUGACAUAAAGAGCAACGACACAGGUGUCAAGAACGGGAAGGACCACCGGCCCAGGCGGAGGCGGCCUCUGCUGACGCGGCAAGAGAUGGAGCAGUUUUUGCGAUUGACCCUUCUGGCACAAGAGAUCGAUGUCCUGGUGAACUUGUCCGAAACGGUCUUGUCGAGACGGCGAUUUGCCCGUCACUUUCGACGCAGCAUUCUCAUGCAAGAACAUCCCGAUUCAAAACCACACUCCGGCGACGCCCCAUGGAAGAAUCCAUGGCUCGUCACCCUGGGGCCGAUUCUGGAUGUUCUGGAACAAAAGCAGUACCGGCCCGAUUCGUCGCUGCGGUCCGCGGAAGGAGGCCGGCGGCGAGAUCUCCUCCGCGACGGCAUCCUACCUGAUCCUUACCCGAAACAACAAGGGCGAGACGUGCUCUGUCACGUCCACGAACAAAUCACGCGCCUGUGCCACGAGCUCCAGGCCUGCGGGGUUUACGAACUGGAACGGUCCGCGGAACAAAACCGGUCGCUGGUAGCUUCCCUGACAGACAUUGUCGGAUACGAUCACGACCACGGGGGCGAGAACGGGGAACACGAAACCGGUAAGACGUCGGCGGUCAGGAUCCUGGCAAAAGAGAAACACGCCCUCUCGAGGCUUCAGGAUCACUUGUCGAGGCGGGUACGGUCUUUGCUGGCAGGAUUUUGUUUUUCGAGCGGUGCAACUACAAAAGGAAAUGACGAUGGUGGUAGUCACGAAGACGACAACAACAGCAAACAGAUAUUGUUCGACGACCGAGCAUCGUCGUCCUCUACUGUUAUAAGAACUGGGAAAGGGAACGCAAACGGCAACGAGCACGAGCACCAUAACGAGGAUAACAAGAAACUGGCAGAGAAGAGUACAAACGACAAGAGCAGCGAUACGAAUAUCGUUGAUGGCGACAGCGACGACGAUGAAUCAUCUUUGAUGUCGCUCGAGGAAGCCAUGACACCCCUUGAACUUAUUUGCGAGAAGCUCUUUGCGGGAGCUGGUUCUUCGAAGCCGAUGGCAUCAUCACCAUUGGAAAUAGAGAUUACGGAGGACUCCACAAAACGCAGCAUGGCCGAAACGAGGUCUGGAAUCUCCCAACGUGGCAGUGACGAGCAGCGGAGACAAACCCAACAGCAGCAAGAACAGACAACGAAAAUUUCUCGCAACACAAACGAACUCAACUCCUCCAAUCCAGAUCGUGUUUCGGCGAUGGCGACCGCCUCUGUCGAGGCCUCUCAGAGAACCGCUGGAGCAGCGGCCGUCAUGAUGGCACUUGCCACCGAUCCCAAACCGGCGACGGCUUCCCCUUGGCGCGAACCACCAAAGUCGAUGCGGAAUGAGGCGCUGGGAAGCAGUGGAAAUAACAGCAGCGUACCGAGGAAUCGUUUCGACGGCACCAACCCAAAAAAGCCUGGGAACGAUGAUGACGGUUCGUUUGUAGAGGAUCCUCCUCCCUCCGAUGCGGAAGACUACAAGGAAGUGAAGCAUGGAAAGAAGAAAGAGAACAGCGAGAGCCCGAAGAAGAAAGGAGCGACGAAAGGCACGAUGGGGAUAUUCGACGUGGUGGACGUGUUUACACCCUCUUCUCCAUCCGAGCAGCAGCCAGAGGAAGAACCAGGACGAGGCGACGACGAAGUGCGGCAAGGUCACGAUGGCGGCCCCAGUGAUCGUACCGAGGAUCACCUUUCCUCCUUGUCGUCUCAAUCGCAAACAGCCGCGGAAGCAUUGACUCGCAUGGUCCAAGGGAAUUCGUUCCGUUAUCAUUAAUUUCUUGAUUCCAAAAAUAGUUAUGAUUGAUGGAUUCGUGUCUCGGUUGCAUCGUGUCUGCGGCAACCAAAAGCAUCAAGGAACGCAGUGAAAAUUACGAUCAAGGUAACGACCAAUCUUACAUAUCAUGAUUAUUCCACCUCAUUAGAAUGAAAACAUAAAUAAUCU